AUAAUGACGUGAAUCUCGCGCGACCUGUUUUUCGUAAACAGACCGAAACUGUGCUUCGCCGCGCCGCAAGGCAGCGCGUUUAAAAAUGGUCGUGUGUAACUUUUUCCUCCAGGGCCGCUGUCGGUACGGAGACAAAUGCUGGAAUGAACACCCGAGAAACGGAAGCAGAGGAGGGGGAGGUUAUAAUGACGGCUACGGCCGCUCCGGUGGUCAGCAGCAGCCCAGAGGAGGAGGAGGAGGUUAUGGGAACAGAGUUUGGGUGAAUCCCUCCCAGCAAAGAGGAGGAUAUAUUCAGCCGUCAUCCUUCUCCUCACAGGGAAGCAGUGAUUGGGGUUCAGGAGGAGGAGGUGGAGGAGGGAGAAGAGAAAACGUGAAGAGCUCUGAUUUCAGCUUCUCGUCUUCGAAUCGAUUUUCUGCUCUCGAUGCCUCCAAUGCCUUUGACAAGGGAGGAAGAGGAGCAGUUGCAGGUUUAGGAACUGCUGGGGAUGAAGAUGACGAUAAGAAACUCGAAGUCAUUCAGGCGGACGUGUAUGUCUGGGAGUGUUCAGGACAGUGGUUCUUCUCGUGCUACUCUAGCUUUAAGACGCCCAUCUCAGGCUUCACUGAUCUGUCUCCAGAGGAGCUCAGGCUGGAGUACUACUCCACCAGAGCAUCAGGGGACCUGCAGGGCUACCAAAAUGGUGUGAACCAGCUGCUCAGUCAGUGGAAAAGCAGAGUCCAGGAGCUGAAGAUUAUGAGUCCGUCCACACGUCUGGCACUGCUCGCCGAGUUAAAAGGAACAGCUCCGCAGUCGUCUUCGAGUGGCUUCGGUUCAACAACGACGACAGGGUUUGGAUCCUCCACAUCCAGCUUUGGCAGCAAAGGCUUCGGUGCACCAGCCCAGUCCGUCAACUUCGGUUUCCCAGCUCUGAGUUCUGGAUUUGGCUCUUCUUCUACAUCUUCGCCUUCAACUGGGUUUGGCAGCCUUGUAACAGCUCCAACGCAACCUCCGUCUGGGUUCGGCUCUUCCUCCGUGCCCUCUGCUUCGACCUUCUCAUUCGCCGCCCCGAGCGCAGACAAGCCGCCGCCAGCGGCCUCUUCGGUGUUCGGAUCGGCCCCUGGGUUCACCUUCUCCUCCACGACAGCAACCCCCACCAUGGGAGGGUUUGGGAGUGCCUUCGGGGGGGCGGCAGCCUCACUUGGAGCCGGAGUGGUGGGAGAGGCCCCAGACGGUUUGUUCUCACCCGAGAGCAAACUCUCUCAGGAAGAACUGAAUCAGUUUAAAGCCAAAAGGUUCACUUUGGGACAGAUUCCACUAAAACCGCCACCUGCAAACAUGCUAGUGGUCUGACUCUGUGGAAAAAGCUAAUGGUUGUGUAUCGAUUCAGUCCAAGCAAAGAAGAUUUUUCACUAAUAUUUAGAUGCACAGCAAAAAAUAUGCACAGAUUUCCACUUGGGACUCACUAUGAAUGACAUCUUUUGCACCAUAAAAUGCUGACUUCAGAUUUUUAAAUGUGGCUGAUUUUAUUUUUAUUUUUUAAAUUUUUUUGUAGAACAUCCUGUUUGUUAUGGCAAAUAUUUAUCUGUGAAUGAUGAGGAACAGCAAUUACAACAAAUCAUUGACGAUCAAUUGCACUUCUAUAUAGGUCACAGCAAUCUGCAUUAACUGGCGUCAGUCAUAAGAGGGCGCCAUGAUAAAAGCUCGAGUGUUUCUCGCUCUCUGCCUUCGCGUCCCUGGUGACCAUCUGGUUUAAUACGAGCAGUCGCUUUCAGAUUGUGUAAUUUUUGCCCAAUGUUAAAACAAUAAAUGACGAUCAGUGAGUGCAAAGCGGUUCGCCCACAGCUUUCUGUUCUGCACCACCACAGGGGAGAACACAGAUAAGCGACGCGUGAAUACAGCCUGAGUUUAUUAGACGCCGAGCACCAGCGGGACGACAAGGGGAGUAAUACAGAGCACAGCAAUAAGCAGUUUUACUACAGAGGCCACCGCGCUGCUGACUGGUGCAUAUUUUCAGCUGAGGAAGACCUCGUCGUGUUGUCAGCAGAGAUGCGAAAGGGAGCCGAGUGAAGCGUCUGCCGUGUCAAAAGGUAGAUGAGGCUAAAGCAAUUAGAAGCAUCUCUGCAAAUAGUUGCAGAACAUGAAGCGCAAGCAAACAGAGUGCCGUUUUCUCUCCCACCUCUCAGACUGUCAGCGGUCUCCUUCUGCCAGCAGAUAAUGCAUAAAUAAUUCAACAGAUUAGAAAGGGGCUAUCUCAUGAAAAAGGCACUCUCAUUUCACUGGAACUCAUUUAAUUUGCAGCUCCAUCAAAUUGCCAGUCUGCCCGCCCGUGUUGAGGGGUGACGUGUGUGUGUGUGUGUGUGUGUGUGUGUGUGUGUGUGUGUGUGUGUGUGUGUGUGUGUGUGUACAAGUGGAGAGCAGAUCAGAGCUGUAUGUUACAGUGAAUAAGUGAAUAAGGUCACGGGUGUUUGCAUACAAACACUCACACACGCAGCCAGAUGUGGUUUAUUUUUCCUCCUUUUGUUGCCCCUCCGCAGCAGCCUUCACGUUUAUUUGCACACCUGGUAAAUGAUGUAUAAAAAGCAUGAAAAUAAUCUGUCAUCUUUUGUUGCAGUGGCAUCAUCUCACAAUAAAUGUCUUGUUUAA